AGAUCCUCAAUCAUUAAUAGGACGAAGAUACUGAAAACAAAAGUUUGAGGACCACUGUCCGGGCUACGCGCUGCUUCAGGGACAAGAGGCUACUGAUCCGGUGGGAUUAAGGGGUUAGUAAAAGGGAUUAAGCGGACUGAGGUUUCGAGGACUGUUUUCCCUUCCCACCUGGCCUGGCCGAUGGCAUCAAUCAGCCCACCAACAAGCAUUUAUUAACCUUCUGUGUGUCAAGCGCGGGGGUAGAUGCUGAGGAUGGCAAGAGAAAGUUAGACCGUCCCCCGGAGGAACACACAGAGGGACGCGGCACGGAGCGCCCGCUGCUCGGCUUUCAGCUGAGAAACCUUUAUCUAGGGCGCCGUCCAGGAAGGCAGCCGAUGAUAGGGAGGGAAGCUCGGGUCAUAAGGAGGGAGUCAUCUGCAUAAAGACGAUAAGAAAGCCCGGGUGAGCCGAUCAAGUCACAGUAGGGAAAGGCCCAGCACUCGCAGGAGGCCCUUCCCGACGAGCGGGCUAUGGAGAGAGGGCCCAGAAAGGAGCCCAAGCAGCAGCCGGACAGGGAGGAUGGAGGCUGGUGGAGGAGCUGGCUGCAGCAGAGCUACCAGGUUGUCAAAGAGAAGUCCACAGAAGCCCUAGAAUUCAUGAAACGCGACCUUACUGAAUUCAGCCAAGUGGUCCAGCAUGACACAGCCUGCACCAUCGCAGCCACUGCCAGUGUGGUCAAGGAAAAGCUGACUACUGAAGGUUCUUCAGGAGCAACAGAGAAGAUGAAGAAGGGACUAUCUGACUUUCUCGGAGUGAUCUCAGACACGUUUGCCCCUUCUCCUGACAAAACCAUUGAUUGUGAUGUCAUUACCCUGAUGGGCACACCUUCAGGAACAACCGAACUUUAUGAUAGUGCCAAGGCUCGUCUGUAUAGCCUACAGUCAGACCCAGCAACGUACUGUAAUGAGCCUGAUGGGCCUCCAGAGCUAUUUGACACCUGGCUAUCUCAGUUCCAUUUGGAGGAAAAGAAAGAUGAAAUCUCCAAUCUGCUCAUCAGCAGCCCCUCCAUCCGGGCUCUCUAUACUAAGAUGGUCCCAGCAGCUGUUUCCCACUCAGAAUUCUGGCACCGAUAUUUCUAUAGGCUCCACCACUUAGAACAGGAAGAGGCACGGAGGGAUGCUCUAAAACAACGGGCAGAACAAAGUGUCUCUGAGGAACCAGGCUGGGAGGAAGAGGAAGAAGGACCCUUGGCAACAGCUCAGCUGAAUGAGCAAUCCCAAGAAGAGGGAAAAGCUGCCGUAUUAAGCCCUGCCUCGGCUGCGAAGGGCCAGGCCAGCAGUCCUCAGAGUCCUUCUGAGGAGAGUCUGGGAACUUUGGCUUCCCCCUCAGCAGAGGUCACCCCUUCAGAAAGCAGCGAGAGCGUCUCCCUUGUGACCCAGGUCAUCAAUCCUGCUUUUACACCUGAAGCCCCAGCACCGGUGCAGACAGCCCCUGCUAAGGACCUCUCCCAAAAGCUUUUGGAAGCUACUUUGGAAGACCAAGUUCCCACAGCUGAUACAGGAGAGACGGGCCCACCUCCCGUGGAACGGCCCAAGCCUUCAGCCCCUGCUGGGCGUCCAAGCAGCUCUGAGCCCAAGCCAGUUAUCAGAGUAGAGACUCUGAGAGAGGAGGGACCAACAGACUUACGGGUGUUUGAAUUGAACUCAGACAGUGGGAAGUCUACACCUUCCAACAAUGGCAAGAAAGGUUCCAGUACUGACAUCAGUGAAGACUGGGAGAAGGACUUUGAUCUGGACAUGACUGAGGAGGAGGUGCAGCUGGCUCUGUCCAAAGCUGAUGGAUCUGGAGAGCUGGAAGACGUGGAGUGGGAGGACUGGGAAUGAGACGGGGCUUGGAGAGAGCAGCCCCUCCAUGCAGGCCCCCAGCCCCUUGUCAGCCCACUCCUGGAUGGCGCCCCGGACACUUCUCCAUUCACCCUGUGCUGUCUGCUCCAUCUUCUGAAUACAACCCACGCCCCCCUCCUGGAAGGGAGGCCUUUCCACAGGGCUCUUCCAGAAAGGACCUCCCUGAGGCCAGACCGUGUCUUGUGACCCGUGCCAAUUCUCGGGGUGGGGGACACCCACCGGUACUCCCCCUCUGAAGAGCCUGUAUUACUCUGCUAUAACCCCACUGCCCCCGGGCAGGCCCUGCAGCGGCCGCCUCUCCACCGGCCUGCUUGUGGGGGGAGCCACACCUACAGCCACUUUGAGUCCGAGCCCCCAGUGGUGCCCUCUGCUCCCCUCCAUGUCCUGUCUUUGAGCUCAAAGAGACGAAGGGACAACUUGUGAAACCCCCCGUCCUGCCUUAGGUCUACUUCCAUCUCUCCCCGAGCAGCUACUUUACCUCCGUCAUGUCUUUCCCCACCCUACCAUAGGUGGCCUUCUUUGUCUGACUGCUGGCUGGGGGAGUGAAGGGGCUGACAUUAGGACGACAACGAUGUUCGCUUCUCCUCUAGGGAAUGGGGGGGGGGCCAUGUCCGUGUCGUAGGGGAUGCCUCUUCCCUUGCCAGACCUUUUCUUCUCUGUUCAAAGGCUGGAGUGAUCUUUGUCUUUCAGAUUCUAAGUGAGUGCUAUAGUAGAGAUUGGGGACCAGUGCUGCCCCCCCAUCACCACGAUCCCGGUAUUUCACAGUCACCCUCUCCCAGUGCCUCUUGUACAGCACCUGCUUCUCAGACCUGCGGGAGCUGGGAUAGUCACAGACCUUUGGGUCUGUGAGGCCAUGCUCUCCUUGCAUUUCUUGCUCUGUCUCUCCUGCUGCCCAAGCCAAGAGCAGCAGCCUUCAAGCUUUUCUCUUGUUCCUUGGUUGGGGGUGGAUGGACCGUCUCCAGUCCCUUUCCUUGGGACUCUAGGAAACACACCAUGUGGAAUGUAACUGCUUCACAAGCAGGAUAGAAGGUCAGUGUCUCUGAGAACCCUUUUUCAGCCUUCAUUGGGUAAGCCAUGAGACCCCCUCCCUUCUCCCCCAUUGCUUCUCUUUGAGGCAUGUGCUGUGGGGCAGGCCCAUGCUCAUCUGCUCCUGCCUCCUGACAACAUUUGGCUAGUGUGGAUUUUUCCUCACUCCUCUGGUGUCCAUGGAUCUGGGGAAGGCUUCUGUGCAUUCAUUCUCUGCCUCCUUCUCUGGGUGGGGAAGGGCUUUCUGGGGUUCCUGAACACCCUCAUGCUGCUUCCAGGCUAGUGUGUCUGACAACCAAUUUAAAAGGGUCAGCGUCAUGGGAUAAGGGGAGGGUGGCAAUCAGUCAUGUUCAUCAAGAAAGUCAAGUUGGGGAAAAUGCUGAAUCUUUCUCGGGGGUGGGGGUGGGGUGGGGGUAUUCUCUUUGUAAUGUUUAGUUUAACCUUUUUGGUUGUUUGUGCAAUAUUAUAUAUUUUAAAUUAUAAUGCAUCUCCCCAGAGCAUUUUGUAGCUGGGGGAAAAAAAAGAUUCUAACAGCUGUUAGUUUUGUAAUUUAAAAAUCCCACAAAGAAACUUUGUCCUGAACCUUUUGCAGAGUUGCAGUUAACAGCUAUUAAAGACAUUCGACAUUA